CUUUGACUAAGUUGGGAAGUCUGACAACAACUUCAGCAGUAGUCUGUGCUUCUUGACUGAUGAAAUCUGGAGUCAAGAUGAGAGAUAUGCUUUCAUUGCUGAAUGGUAUGACCCAAAUGCUUCACUCUUUCGGCGUUAUGAACUUCUGUAUUAUCCAAACGAUUCAUCAAUUGAAAUGUACGAUGUGAAGAACCGUCGCACAUUCCUGAGGCGCACCAAGUACGAGAGCUUGCACCUCGAGGAUCUCUAUGUGGGCAGCAAAGUCACUGUGUUCUCCCGGCACCUCACCAUAGUGGACUAUGGGAAUCUGUAUACGUCUCGCAAGCUUGGGAGCCGCGAAGAGAGAACGCUGGCUUUGAUUAAACCUGAUGGAAUGCGUAAGAUGGGACAAUUAUUUGAUAUCAUUAUUAAUGCUGGGUUGACAAUAACUAAGGCCAAAAUGAUGCUGCUUUCAAGGCAAUUUCUGUCAGUAAAGAGAGCUGCUGAAAAUGAACAAACCCAUGAAGACCAGAAAAAAAUCAGAAGACUGUGCUGCAGAAAAGAAGCAGCUGAUUUCUAUGCUGAUUAUCGAGCAAAACCUUUUUAUCAUGAGCUUCUCCAGUUAAUAAUGAGUGGCCCCAUCCUUGCUAUGGAGCUCUUAGGAGAUGAUGCAGUGAGUAAGUGGAGAGCAAUAGUGGGGCCAGCAAACCCUACAACGACUGAGAGUGAUACACUGGACAGCAUCUCAGAGAGCUUUGGACAUUGUGGCCUCAGAGAUGCAACUCAUGGCCCAGAUUCAGUUGCUUUAGCUGCUAAAGAGCUGGAGUUGUUCUUUCCCUCCAGUGGAGGUCGUGGACCAGUCAGCAGUGCCAAAUUCACAAACUGUACUUGUUGCAUUAUUAAGCCUCAUGCUGUUAAUGAAGGGCUUUCUGGAAAGAUUAUAAAAGCCAUCCUCAAGGAAGGAUUUGAGAUCUCAGCUUUGCAGAUGUUCAACAUGGAGCGUCCAAAUGUGGAAGAAUUUUAUGAGAUUUACAAAGGCGUUGUCCCUGAAUACCUGGAGAUGGUUUCAGAGUUGUGUUCAGGCCCUUGCAUAGCAAUGGAGAUUAGACAAUUUGAUCCUUCAAAAGUGUUCAGAGACUUCUGUGGUCCUUCUGACCCUGUAUUAGCCCGUCACCUCCGACCUGGAACGCUGCGUGCUGUCUUUGGGAAGGACAAGAUUCAGAAUGCCGUUCACUGCACAGACCUGCCUGAAGAUGGACUUUUAGAGGUGCAGUACUUCUUCAAGAUUCUGGACAAGUAACAGGCUCCAUCCUCACCCACUGCAACAGACAUGCACACAGAACUGUGUGUUCAUUCAUUUAUUUGUCCAAUGUUUCAACCUGACUGAAAUACAAGAUCAACAAGAGCACUGUACUCCUGGCUAUUAUUACAUGUUAGAACAUAGAGUUUUGCACUUUAGACAACAUUUAACACCAUUCUAUGGGGUACUGCAUUGCUUUUAUAAAGUUUAAAAUAAAGAUUUAUUUUCAAACAUGUGACUUUGGUUUAUUUCAUACAUUACACUUUCUUGCAGAAAAAAUAAAAUUGUACAACUGCAUAAAUAUAAAAUUCUUCCACCAUGAAAAUGGCUAAAACAUUCAAUAAAGACAUUAGCACCACAGUGUGCGAUGCCUUCAGCAGGAAAAAAAGAAAAGAAAAUAUACAAAGCAAAGAGUUAUGCCUAUCACUGAGGAGAGUGAUAGCCUGACCCAGUCUCUCACACAACGUACUGGAGGAUAAGGGAAGAGGUGGAGAGAGAGACAGCAUUCGCUACAAAGCACAGUACACAAUCACCUAUUCUCUUUGACUUCACUUAAGUUAGUUUCCCUGCCACCCCUCCAAAUAAAAUACCCUAAUACCACAGAAAAGCCAGAAGCCUUAUGGAGUGCUGUUAAAUAUCUUCUCACAGGUGGGCCUUUCUUUGAAAAGGAACAAAAUAAUGAGAAGUUUCAUGCCAGUUCUAGUCCCAUUGAGUAUUUACACCUUGGAUAGCAGAAGUCUUUGCUCACAAGAAGUAGAAAACAGAUACAAUACAUGGCUUGAAAAAUGACCAGAGUAUGCACCUAUAGUACUGUACACUAAAUAAAAUACACAAGGCAGCAAUACUUAGGGGCCAGAAACACUGCUUACUACAAGUCAGUUAUGGAAUCAUAAUUUACAGUAAAAAUGGGCAUGUCCCAAGGCUCAAUUUUGUUUUCUUUUGUCAUUUACAGUAGAAUAAAUAUUUGUCGCUAUUGCUACACUUUGUUUACAUUCUAACCUAGUAAAUGCAGAAAGCUAGUGUAAAGCAUAUAGAUUACGUGUAGGUCCCAUACGUAUGACAGUUUGUUCAAGACUAGUAGAUUUUCUAUUUUGUUCUUUUUUUUUUUUAACCUUUUUAAAUGGCUAGGAGGAGGGGGGAGGAAGAGAGGUGUGCUUACGAUCAGCUGCUUUUAAUGUCAAAUUUAAUAUCAAAGCGUCCCUGGAAGCGGUCCUUGUCACUGUAGACGAUAUUCUGCCCAUAGGCCCUGCACUCCACGCGCACCUCCAUGUCGUAGGUCAGGUUGGUGAA